AUGUCGAUGUAUUUCACUACAGUUUUCUUCAUCAUUGUUAAUUUCGUAUUGAGUUCGAAUGGUUAUGAUCUUUAUCCAAGUUAUAAUUUAACAGUUGAUCCAAUCAAAGCCUUGGAAUGGUCAGAGAAUAGUGCACUUGCUUAUAUAACAACUGUUCGACUAUUUGAUUAUGAUCAUCAUAUAUUUCAAUAUCGACGUUAUCCAUGUCGAGACAAUAAUCCUGAUUGUUCAUUUGAUAUUAAUACACCACACAAUAUUCUUCAAACGCCAUACACUAUAUCAGAAUUGAUUACGCUUCAAUGCAAAUCAUCAUUAGCUUGUAAUCAUUCAAAAUUAAAUAUAGAGCAAUUUUUUUCAACAUAUGUUCAAAUAGUAUAUGGUUCAUCAUUUGAUCUUCAAAUACCAUAUUGUUCAUUAGAAAAAAGUCUUACUCAUGUUAUCGAUACAAAUUUCGCACAAACAAAUGGAUUUUUACAACAGCUCAUUGAACUAAUGAAACAAAAUUCUGCCGCAAAACGUGAAGAUGAACAAGCUGUUUUUCUUGAUUUAUUUAAAGGUGAAGGUGAAUUAUCGUCACUUAAUCUAGAUGAGAGAGCAUUAGAAGAUGUUACUGAACUGCCAACGUGGCUCAAAAUUCAAAAAGCAACAUGUGGACGAGCUUUUAUUAAAAUUCCUUGGACAAAUUUAAAAACGUUACCCAUUCAAUUACAAUUAGAUGAUGUUACUAUUGAAAUUGAAACAUGUGAAAAUCUCCGGGACGUACAAAAUUCUUCAGGUGGCAAUGAUCCAUCUAUGGGUAAAUAUGGUUUUACUAAUCGAGUAAUUGAUGGAAUUUCAUUAACAAUUACAAAUCUAACAUUAGUAGUAAAAUCAAAAGGAUUUAAAGCAUCAAUUUGUUUGCCGACUUUAGACAUUUAUAGUACAACUCCCAAUGGAAAACGAGUUGAUGCAUUAACCUUCACUCGACUUCGUAAUGCUGCCAAAAGUUAUAUUCUUCUUUUUAAAGAAAUAUCCUGGCCCAAUGCACGUAUUGAAGCUUCGUCAAAUGAUAAUAAUGCUCCAGGAACUGGAAUACGUUUUAUUAUUAACUCAUGUCAAAUGAGAAUCUCAAUGAAAAAGAAUCUUAGAGAUAGUUCCAUGAUAUCAGCUCGUGUUAUGUUGCAUUUCGAUGAUUUAUUAUCAGUUCUCAAUGAUGCUCAAUUAAAAUCAGCAUUAAAUACCUAUAAAGAAAUAAUGGAAUUGAUGAAACGAGCAUCAGAACAGCAAAAGCGUUCUUCUGGAGACAAACUCGUUAAAUUAGAUCGACAACAACAAUCACCAAUAUUUCAAGCUAAACCGUCAAGAACAGGAAUUAACGAACAGGCAAGUUCAGUAAAUUCUGAGCAACAAGCAAAUGAUCCAUUUACUCGAUACGAUGUUGUUGAAACAUCAUUACAUUUCAAUGUUAAACGAUUAGAUUUGCAUAUGAUGGCCGAUUCAGAUAAGCUGGCUGAUCGAUUAGUCGAAAACGGUGCACUUCAAAUGACUAUUGCAAAUUUAUCUAUCGAUCAUUAUCCAUAUCAUGAAUUUGGAUCAUCAAGAAAACAUUGGAUAAAUUAUAGCGAAAUUCAAUCAACAAAUCGUACGGAAUGGAUCAAUAGAUUACAUGAAGAAUGGUAUGAACAACUCAGUACGGCUAAAUCUUCUGUAUCAAAUGAUGAAACAUCUAUGAAAUUCGAAAAAGCUCUUCGUACAAAUCAAAUUCGUUUAUUUGAAUCGUGUAGUAUCUUAAAUAUCGACGAUUUUAUUUUCUAUCCUGUUUCAUUAAACUCGGAUAAGCAACACAAACGUCGUCGACCACUAAUCUCAUCCGAUAAAACAUAUUAUCACUUACCAGACAGUUUAGGUAUUAUAAAUGUACAACGUACUGAAUACUAUUAUCCAUCACCAUAUUCAUUUCCUGUACCAAAUAGUGAUUUGUAUAUUCACAUAAUGCCUCUUGUAAUUCGUGUUGAUUUUUCUACAAUAAGUUGGCUUGAUGCUUUUGUUUCAACAUUAUCAAUAACGAUAGAUAAUUCUGGUGUAUUAAAAACUGAUGGACCAACGAACGACUUUGAACACAUUGCAAUUAGAUUAGAAGCGAUGUUGCCUAGAAUUGUUAUCAUUUCGGACAUAUUUACUAAAACACGUAAAUUACAAGAAACUAAACCUGAUAAAAAUCAAGCCUCUGAUACAUCAUCAAAGAAUGAAGUAUUGAAUCAAGAACAAUAUGAUGUACUUGAAAUGAAUAUUUCAAAAGUUUUAAUUACAAAUGCUCGGACAGAACCAACAAGUAAUCGCGAUAAACUUGAGAAAGAUUUAGAAUUAUUUAAACAAACGAGUUUUUUUCAACAAACUCAAUGGCCGUUUUCAAAUGAGACAACAAGUCGAUUAAGUCCAUUGUUUGAAAAACAUCCAUAUGAUACAUAUUUAUAUAAUAAUCCAUUAAGUCAAAAGACUGGCAAUUUACCAGAAGCAAAAUCGGCUAGUACCGCACUUCACACUUAUUAUACAAUGACAACUGAUUCUUUGAAAAAAUCUGCAAAAUAUGAUAUUUGGCAUUUAAAUGUUGAAAAUGUUUAUCUGGACUUUACGCCAUCAUCAUCGUUAUCAGAUUCUGUUCGAUUUGCAAAACAAAAUAUGGCUGACACUUUAUCCAUCACAAGUUGGAUUGCACUUGAUAAAAUUGAAAAAAAUUCAUGGUUAAAUGCUUUGUGCAUUCUCGAAAUUCCAGCUAUAUUGAAAAUUUCUCGAAAACAAUACACAUUUAUUAUGCAACUAGUGGAUGAAUUAGGUAUUUUUCUUGAUGAACUUGAACGAAAUAAAAAUCAAACUCAUUUAAUUAAACAAAAACUCGCAUUAAACAUUUCUUCUGAUGAUAUAAAAAUAACGAUCUGUGUAACUGUUCCGGCGACAUUUACACUUGCUGUUAUCGAUGGUGUUGAAGAUGCAAUUAUUAAUCUGCCUACACCCACUCCAUCAAGUUUAUCUGAAACUGAUAUUGAACCUAUCAAGCGUGAUACAUCAUAUACAAGUGCCAUCGUUGAUUUAGUAACAACACCAGUAGCUAUUCCUCUUAGUCCAAUGAAAAUAGAAAAACCGAUUACCAAUAAAACUCUUGAUUUAUCAGCACAAAAGAAAUCAAAAUUUGAAGGAAGUUUUGCGCGUGGAUUAGAGAUGAUUUCAAAAGGUUCAAGAGGUUCAUCCAUAGCAUCGUCUAUGAAUAUGAGUGAUAAUAGUGAUGAAACUUCCUCACAAUGGGAUUUGAAUGAAGAAUUAGAUGCUGAUAUUGAUGCAAGUGUAUUUAAUAGUGAUUUUGAAGAACAACAACAGCAAAAAAGUGCACGCAUUGAAUUAGAUGAUGAUUCUAUUAGUUUAACUGGAAAAAAUUAUGUUAAUAUGAGAGGAUUAGAAUCUGCUGAUGGAGUAUUCGUUAAAUUAAAUCAAAUCAAUAUUUGUAUAACCGAAGACCAUGGAAAGAAUAAUGAUAAACAAAUGUUUAUUGCAUGUAAUGUUAAAUAUUUACGCGUCGAUGAAUUUUCUUCAUUGAAACUUGAUGCAAUUAAACCGAAAUUGUUUGAAAAUGAAAGCCCAGAUGAACUUAAUAAUGAAAAUGUUCCACCAAUAAAUCUUCGUCUUGAUUUUCCCAAGAGUAAAGAAUCACCGCCAACUCUUACCAUACAUCUGCAAGAUCGCUUACUAGUGAUAACUAGUCACGCCAUCGAUGUACUCUCACGAAAUCUUGAAGAAAUAUUUACAGUUGAAGAAAGAAUUCUUAGAGAAAACCUUCCACCGAAACUUAUUCCAAUAGAAAUUCAAUUAAAUAAUGUGCAGAUAACACUUAAACCGCUGCAUGAAUUCUUAACCGUAGAUACAGUUGUUCAAACGAAACCACCCAUAGAAAUGAUUAUCGAAUGUAUGAAUUUGCUUCGAAAAAUCGAUGGAAAAGUACUUAUUCGAAAGACGAUUAAUAAUGAUGAUAAAAAACAAAUCGUUCCAUCAUCUGCACAAUCAAGUAUUACGGACGAUAUUGAUGGGAAGUUACAGGAAUUAGAACUAUUUCGCCAUGAAAAUGAACGAUUACGUUCAGAAUUAAGUAGUAAUAAAACUGAAAUAUCUGUUUUACGUGGUGAACGUGAUAGUUUGAUGCAUACAAUUUCGAAACUUGAUAUUGAAUUAACUAAAGCUGAAUAUCAACGUCUUACUCAACAACAACAACAACCACAGCAACAGCCAAGAAAGAAAUAA